UUUUAUUUGUGUGAUUCAUUAAUGUUUGAUUGCAGAUUAGUAGGGAUUCAAUAUGGAUUUCUGUUAAUGUUUUUGAUUUCGUUCUGUUUGUCAAUUUCCAUUGUAGGAUUUAGGUUACUUGUGCUAUUUCAGACAUCUUUUAAACUGAUAUUGUAUGAAAUUCUCUCUCUCGCUCCAUGAUUGCUAGGAUUUUCAUUCUUGGAAUUUUUGUGACUGUUUCUGUAUUAGGUUUUAACAAGCCGAACUAAUAGCCUUGCUUAGCAGCAAGCACUACAUACCAACGCCAACUGAAGAAGGAGACGAAGAACCAGAACCCUUUUCAACUUGAUGUGGGAAAUCUCCUCACUUUUAACCCUUUUCACAAUUUUCCUUCCCUCCCCACUUCCAGUUCUUCAUGAGGAGAUGAGAAGCUUGAUGAACACGGGGACGCUUAUGAAACAAAGGAUAAUAGUGAUAUGUACUUGGACAAAGAUGGGAAAGAUCGUGAAAUGAAUAGUCGCAUGGGAACUAGAUCUGGGGUUAAGGAUUCUAUUCCUGCUUGGAUCAAGUUCUCUGUUCAAGCACCUGGUGAAAUCCCAUACAGUGGAAUAUACUAUGAUCCACCAGAAGAGGAAAAGUACGUAUUCAAACACCCCCAUACAAAAAGACCAAAAUCACAUGCUGGAAUGAGUAGCAUCCUAUGCAUCUCUCUUUUCCCUUGCAUGAAUUGUUAUUCCAGUCUUCUGUCAGAUUGCUUACCGGUUCUAAUUUGUUGUUACUUGCUAUCAUGCCAUAUUUUUUGUACUGUUUCUUCCAAUAUUUUAUAUGACAUGUUCCUCCAAGACUUUGAGAAUGAAAAGAAAAGCAGGAGUUUUUUAUACUGAAAAA